UAUCCGUUCCCUGUUUGUUUUCGUUCUCCUUCAGUCACCUUCUUCCUCCACCACUUCAUCUCAGGGGCCGGGACCUGUCAGAGUCUGUCAUCCCCAUUUUACCGGCCAGUUCAAAAGUGCAAGAAAUUUUUGCACAAGGUAGUCUCUUUCUUAUACUGUCACGAUAUACAUAAGCGUAGAUUUCAUUUGAGAAGCACUGUCUUAUUUGUUUGCAACUCAUUCAUGCUUUUUGAUUUCUAUUGGGUAUAUUCUUGUAUAUUUGCAUAUAUUCACUUACUUGUCUUAAGAAGAUAUUCACCUCUUUUAGAAUGUAUUUAGAAUAUUGGUUGUAACCCUAACUCCUAUAUAUAGGAGUCUUUGUUAUCAAUGAAAACACAAUUGAAUCAUCUCUCGUUUUGUUCUUCAAGUUAUCUCGUCUUGUCUUAGGUUAUAGAAACCUUCAUGGUAUCGUGAGUCCGGUAACAAUGUCUAGUAUUUUAACUUCAACUUCCUCUUCACCAAACAAAUAGUCUUCUAUAUAUACUCUAGCUUCUAAUGAUGGACCAGGAACUAUCAUCACACAUGUAGUUCUCAAAGGAUCAAACUAUGAAGAAUGGGCUAAAGGGUUUCGUAUUUCUUUGGGUGCGAAACGCAAGCUGGGUUUCAUUAACGGUAACCUCUCGAAACCUUCUGAUGAUUCUUCUGACCUGGAUGACUGGUGGACUAUAAACUACAUGAUCGUUGCCUGGAUUUUUAACACCAUUGAUCCAGUUCUUCGAUCCUCAAUUUCUUAUCGUGACACCGCCUUUGAUUUAUGGGAAGAUAUCAGGCUUCGUUUUUCUCUUGGGAAUGGAAUAAAAAUAUUUCAACUUAAAUCUGAUGUCGCCAGUUGCAAACAAAAAGAUGGAGAGUCUAUUCAAGACUAUUAUGGGAGGUUGAAGAAACUCUGGGAUGACAUCAAUGACUUUGAUGCUUUACCUUCGUGUAAGUGCUCCGGUUGUACCUGUGAUCUUAAUCUCACUCUACGUACUCGACGUAACAAUGAUCAGGUACGCGAAUUUUUAAUGGGUCUUAUACCCUAUUAUGCUAAUGUUCGUUCAAGUAUUUUGGGCACCGAACCACUUCCGUCUCUGCACACUGUGUAUUCUCGUCUCAUUCAAGAGGAAGAGGUUCGAUCUUAUACUCAGCCGAAGGAGGAUAUCGUUUCUCCAAUGGCUUUUCUUGCUCACGGCAAUAAGCCACAAGGAUCGAAAUCAGGAGAUGUCAAAACUCCAUUGAAGUGCACCUAUUGUGGUCAUAAUGGACAUCUUGAGGAUCGAUGUUGGGAGAAGCAUGGGUAUCCAGAUGGUCGCCAGCCCAGACGUCCACCUGCUGCUUAUCUCAAAACCGAGUCACCAGUUCAACGUACUCAACCAGCAGCUAAGGCAAACGCUGUCGUUGGUGACAUGCCAACUCCAAAUCAUGUUCUUCUCUCUGGACCAUACUUUGAGGACGAGGAUUGGUAUGGGUAAGCUCAUGGAUGGGCUGUAUUGCUUGAUGGGGAAACCAGCUCGUGUCAACGUUGUGUUAGAGAAGACUGCAACAGAUUU